GUGACAUGCACUGUGUUGACGAGACAAGCGUCGGGCCCCUGGUGAGUCCCUGACAGAUCAGGUUCGAAGCGGCGCAACUUAAGGAUGACGAGAUCUCCGCGCUUGCGCUAUUCAUUCUGGUCCGUCAUCUGCCUUUUUUCCCCUUCUCCUCCCACCGCCACCGCCAUAUGAGUCCGAACACCACUGCACGAUGAGGACUUUCGGGUGGGCGGCCUUGGUGGUGUUCGUCUCCCAGCUCACCUUAGCCCAGGAUCGCAGAAGCUGCUACUACCCCAAUGGCGACUUGGCUCCCGGCGACUUUCCCUGUGACCCCAGUGCCGAGCACAGCGCCUGCUGCUUUGGAUGGACGGGCACAUCUUGCCUGAACAACAACCUGUGCAAGGGGUCCGACGAGAAGGUAAUACGGGGGUCGUGCACAGACAGCAAUUGGGAUUCGCCGGCAUGUCCCAAGUAUUGCUUCAAUCGGGACAAUGCCGGAAUCGACCUUAUACCGUGCUCCAACGUGACUCGCACCGACACGUCUUUCUGCUGUGACGGUAGCGUCGACUGCUGCGAUAGUGGGGUCGGCCGCUUCGAAGUUCUCCCUUCCAAACCGUCAGUUACGGCAACCUUCAACGCGAGGUCAGGCUAUCAGCUAGUCGGUGUUUCUACGACACGGAGUACCUCGGUCUCCAGAGGGACCACUUCGACAUUGUUAACUUCAACUUCCGAGUCUCCAACUUCGACUUCUGCAGGCACGGGUGCCGCAACAACGACUAGUGCCAGCAGCAGCCCCACGGCGGUCCCGUUGCAGACAGAAUCAUCGCCAGGCCUCUCCACAGCCGCGCAGGCGGGGAUUGGCGUCGGCGCGGCGGUCAUUGCCCUUCUCCUUGCUGCAGUGGUCUAUCUGCUCUGGAAACUGAAAAAGAAGAACCAAGGGCCUCCUCCAGGAGUCAACCCAGUGAUGUAUGCUAGCGAAAUGCCUGGAUCGGCCGUAUACAGUCCGACAAAGUGGCCAGUGGUGGAGAUGGACGGAAGGGUCAUGCAUUAUGGCAGGAACAACCAAGACUUCCAUGAGCUCCCUGUACCUACAGCCAGAUAACUCCAGUCGAAGCCGUGUACUUUAUACAUGUAAGCCGGGCAUACUACCAGUAACGAUAGCAUGCAUGCUGGCGUUUUGGAGGAUAGUUUGCUUUCAAUUUAGGGUUUUUCAGCUUAGAGUUGGAGAGUUUUGCUGAGAAUCCCAUGGGAUGCAUUUCGAGGGUUUCCCCUGGAUCUUUAACGCCUUGUUAGCAAAACAACUUGAAGUAUCGGAAUUGAAGUCCAUGC